AUGCCUGACGACUCCACAAACAAGAACUUCAAGAUGGUGAUGCACCUGAAAAGUUGCUGCUGCGGCUGCAGCCUCAAGACUGGCACAGUGAUCAUUGGUGUUCUCUCUGGGAUUGGUGCCCUAUGCGGCCUCAUAAUGAGCAUUUUGGGUGCUUCUGUAGGCACCGGAGAGCUUCAGAAGGAAUUCCUUAAAGAAUUGGAAAAGCAGAAAGGUAUUACUCUGGAUCAAGCUGAAUAUGAGGAGGCAGUUAAACAUUUGGAAGAAAAUUCAGGCAACAAGACCCUGAGUGCGCUCUUCAUCUGCCUCGCAAUUGUCUAUGGUAUCCACCUGAUCUUUGACAUCUUGAUGGUCUUUGGAGCCAGUGCAGAGCGACCUCGAAUGAUCAAACCAUGGAUUGUCUUUGCUAUUAUGGCAUUGGUUGUUCAAUCUAUCCUGAGUUUUGUGAACAUCAUCUUCCAUUUUACCAGUGGUGCAGCCAUGGCAGGAGUUCUGGGUCUUGUGAUGUUGGCUGUUGGAAUUGCUCUUGCAGUCUACUUCAUUCUAGUGGUCAACAGUUUCCACACUGAAUUACUUUCAAACAAUUUCCAAAAUAAAAUUUAAGAGACCACCAAGAAAAAAUUUCAGUGGAUUUAAUAAAAAUUCAUCUUUUCUUUAAUAUCUCAUCAAUUACUCAGCUUUUUGGCAUUGUUGUUGAAUAAACUUGUGGAGUGUAGCUAUGAAAAUAAGACUUUAUGGCCCUAAGUUCAAUAAGUAGCAAGUUCAUUUUCAGUGAAAAAACGGGACAACUCCAAUAUUUUUUAGAUCUCUGAUCUAGAUUUAAAGAAAUACAAAUUUAUUAUGCAUCAAUAAUAAUAAUAAUAAAUGCUAUAGCAUCAUGAAUGGUUUCACAUGUAAUUGGAAUAUUGUUGUAAACAUUAGUAGUAGGAUAGUUGUGACGAUAUUUCAAUAACUCAUAUUCAAUGUUUGUUUCACAUGUUGUUUUUCUUUUAAGUAUAUUGGAUUUAUGUUAAGAAGCUUACUUUUAUUGUAAUUUUAUAUUCAGGAAUGUAGUAAAAUUUAAGGAAGAAACUUAAAAUAUUUGGAAGAAAUUCAAUUUCAGAAUUAUAAAUUAAUAUAGGCUUAUAAUUUGUUAAACAAUAUGGUAAAACAAUACUUUGGAGACACAAAAGCCCACCUUUUGCAUUUAUUAACAUUGAAGAACAUAGAAAUUAUAUUUAUAUACAAAUUACCUUUGAAGUAUUUUUUUACUAAAUUGUAGAAGCUAGUAUCCUACCUUUUUUGUGUCUAAAAUUGGAUAUUUAUGAUGACACUAAAAAUAUAGAUAAUUUUCUUUCUCUAAAAGCAAGACUGAAGAAAUUGUUUGAAUUGGAAACCUAGUAGAAACAUUUAAAUUAAAAAUUUAAGAUAUGUUUUAAGGAAGUCUUUUCUACGAUCAGGACAUUGAGAGAGUGAAAAGGAGUGGGGUAGCAGAAGUUUAGAUUAAUGCUGGGAGAGCCAAACAAAUCAAAUGAUAUAUCCCGUAAAGUGUGAAAAUUGUUGAAAUAAGAAAAUUAUGGCAAGAUGUGGUAUCAAUUGCUUCAUAAGGCCCCUUUGUUUGCCUCUUCCAAUGCAAAGUAGUUUUGUAUCAGCCAGGAAGACUGUCAGUGUGUCUGCAUUUGCAUAUUUGUGGAUGGACUACAAUUAGAUUACUUUCAGAUUAUUUUUGAGUAAUAGAUAUGGUAGCUCUGCUACUCUUGAUUUGAUUGAGAAUAGUUCUCCAUUAUCAUUAAAGAAUGGAGUUUUAUUUUUCAUUCAACAAAUACUGUGUGUAAAAAAUGUAUGUUGCUUUUAUAUGCAUCAGGGUUUAUUGCUCUAAAAGCAAAUAUUGUACCUCUUUUCUGUUCAGAAAUGAAUGUUUUUACUAACACAUGUACAAUUAAAUAUACAGUAAAUAAAUUUUUUUUUUUCUACUUAAAGAGUAGACUUCUUUUGUAGAAGUGGACAAUGUAUAUCUUUAUUCCAGAGACAUGACAAAAUAUUAUUCUCUUGACUUUCACUAUGGAUAAAUAGUUUGGUAGAGAAUGAUAAUCAUAAAUUUGAGGAUCUUAAUUUUGUCUAAGAAAAAAGAAAAGAAAAAGAAAAUUACAUUAUCAAUGAUUACACAGGUACUGCGUUUAUGAAUUUUACAGAUUAAUCUUGUGCAUUAAUUACUGCUCUGUAUUUUUUUUGCUACUUAGUAGACAUAUGUGCAUGACAUUACAAACCACUGUAGGCUGCUAUUUUCCUAAAUAUUUUACAUAAAUAUAUCAUAGUAAAAAUACAAGCAUAGAAUAACAUUUACUAAUUGAUUCAAUAAAGCAGAUCCAGAAUUGCAAUAUAAUUUUCACGAGUUAAUUUAUCGCUGUAAAAGAUAUUGUCCUGGAAUUAAAAGGAUUUUCAAGAUUGAUUAUGUAUAAUAUUUCAUGUGCACAAAGGGAUUUUCUGAGCAAAAACAAACAAAAUUUUUUUUAAUAAACAGGGCUACCAGGUUUAUUCCAAACAAAGUUUGAAAGAGCUAUUAUGCACUAUUCUCACACAACAUACAAAAGAAAAUAUUUGAAAAAGAAUGAAGAAGCAAAUUAUACUGCUUCCCAUUGUUUUAAUGUUUUAGAACUUUUCCUUCAUUUUAAAAAUUCUUCCAUAUUUCUAAUACAUACAAAUGCAUAUAUUUUUUGAAUCAUUCUUGUUCACUAAUCAAUGAUAGAUAAUAAUCAUAACUAUAGAAAUGACACAUUGAAAGCAUAGUUAAUUUAAGGUAAAUUUAAAAAUACAUUUCAUGAGGGAAGAAGAAAGUGUUUCUAAAGAUAUCAUAUUAAAACAAUAUAUGGAAAAUUCGAUUUGUACUAAUACUUGUAUACUUGCAUCUAAUUACUAUUAGAUGUGGUUGUUCAUAAACAAGAAAGCCC